AUGGUUUCAAUAGCACUACACGAGCUAUAUAGGUCUGACAGAAACAAAGAUAGUUCACAGUUGUUUUUAGAUAGAAGCAACCCUUUUGUAGCUUGUGAUACCAGUAGAAUCAUACAAAGAAAGAAGAGUAGAAGGGUUACAUAUCUUGCAGAAGUUUUGAGAAAGAAAACACUCAAGGUUAAGGUUUUGAAUCUAAAGGAUAGCUUAUGGAGGAUGAUGGAGAACUUAACUAAUGAUAGUUCUAUGGACUCAUCAAUUGCAAAGGUUAACUUUAGAAUUUUUGGUUUGGCUCUUGGUGUCCAUGUUAUUGAUAAAGACAAGGAAAUUAAAGGAACAAAUGCACAGAUAGGACAUGGAGUGGGCUACAGUUCUGCUUAUGAGUGUGCUGUGAUUAGUGUCUAUGCUAAUGAUAUUUUAGCUGAUAGAAAUUUUCUUAGAGAGGCUUUAACGAUUAUCAAAUCUACUUUUAACAUUUCAUGGCUAUUGAUUGAGAGUGAUUUGGGGAUGAAAGCCGUUCAGGUUUCUGGAUUAUUGGUGGCUCAAUCCUAG